ACAGACAAAAAAAAUGAAGUGGAUCAUUUAUUUCGCUUUUCUUUCUCUUCUCCCUAUUCAAGUAAAUUUGAAAUCUAUAUCAGCAACAACAUGUUCCGAAGUGGCAACUUCAAUUAUUAACUGGAUUGAGCAUGAUAUGUCUAAUGUUAUGUCUAAAAGAUUAUAUGAAAGAACAUUUGACAAAAUUUCCAAUAAUCCUUCAUUCGAAGUAUUAAAAGAUCGUGAUAAACUUACAAAGACUGUUUGUAUGAUUUUAAAUGCAAAAUCAAUGAGAGAAUUGAGCAAAAAAUUGUCUGAAACUAUUUUUAAAGAUAUUAUAUCUGCCAGUGAAAUUUCCUAUUUAAUUAGAAGAAAGUAUAAAUAUUUGAAACCUUAUCUGGAAGAUGGUAAAUUUCAGUUAGCAUUUAAAUAUUUGAAUGAAUUAUUGAAAUAUAUUCGUGAAAAUAUCAUCAAUGAAAAUGUGUCAAAAAAAUCGGAAUUUAUAGAGAAAUUUACUGAAAUAAUAAAUGACAUGUCUUUAAAAUAUGGUCGAAAAUGGUGGAAUGAUAGAGAAUCUUUGCGUUUAAUAAAUCAUUUGUUUAGAUCAUUAAAUUUAUGGAUGUCAGAUGACAAUUCUAAAGGAGCUGUUUCACAAGUUAUAGCAAAAUAUUUUAAUGUCACUGACACUUAUAACUACAACUCAUACAAAUAUCUCCUAAUUGACUCUCUUAAUUUAUUAAGAACAAAAUCAGAAGAUGAAAUUAACAAAAUAUUACAAUCAUACAAAACUGGUUUUGAAAUUAUUAAAUUCUUCUAUUUAAACAAUGUAUUUACUCUUCCAGUGUGCUCUUAUGAUAAAACUAUUGAUAAAUUUGUAACCACUUUCAUUAAACACAAAGAAUUAAUAAAGACACUAAUUCCACUGUAUAGUUAUUCAUUUUUUGUGAAUGCUAUAUCAGAAAUUGAAAUUUUCAAGAAUAACAUGUGCUCUAUACUUUAUUCAAAAGAUAAAAUUGACUUUAAUAAUAAUUUGGCAAUGUAUUUGGGAAUUCCAAGAUUGUAUGUUGAAAGUGAUGAAAGAUUAAUUUCGCCAUUUCUUCAUUCAGCUAGUUUCUUUUUAAAUACUAUAGAAAUUUGUGAAAAAUUAUUUUCAUUCAUAAAGAAAACAAACAUAAUUUUAGAAUGGCCAAUCAAAAUUCAAAUUUUUGAAAUUAAACAAUUUCUAGACGAUUUAUUAAAUAGUUAUGGUGAAAACUGGUUAAAAUAUGUUGAUGUUUUCAAUCAAUUGGUUUCUAAUGAUUUUAAAAUGACUAAAUCAAGGAAUGAUGAAUUGGCUAAAAAUUUUGUAAAAAUUGACAAUGAUCAUCAGUUACUCAUCAGUUUAGGCUUGUCGGAGAAUUCUAAAUUGAGAUAUUUCAUUGAAGAAUUUCGACAUUUUGUGCUUCAUGAAAGAGCAUCAGUGAAUCUUGACAAUAUUAUAAAACUAAGUAAAAAUAUCUGGAAUAUCUAUAAAGAUCUUGAAGAAAUUGGUAUAAUUGAACUAAUAAAAGCCCCUGACAAGAAGUGCGAUGCGAGUAAACACGAAAUUAUUGGAAAUGUAUUGAAAUUUUUUAAUAAGAAUAAAUAUAUACUUUCCAAAACCUUAUAUCCAAUUUUGGAAAAGAAUAUGCAUACUAGGAUAUCUCAUUACAAUUUACCUAUAUGGAUUUCAAAAUUUUUGUGCAUCUUGUUAGAAUCUUCGGAAGAAAAUUUUCAAUCAAAUUUUUUUGGCUAUAUUGGUUCUUUUCAUUAUUAUUAUUAUGGAGGUUUCAUUAAUACUAUUAUUAAAAUUGAUACAGGAAAGCUGACUAAUGAUUUCAGUGAAUCUAUGGAAGUUUGGAUUACAGUUUUAGAGGGAUAUGAAAAGUUUCAUAAAAUGAGAGCCAAUGGAGAAAGGACGGAAGACAUUAUGUCUUUUGUUGAAAAUCGAUUGAGGAAUAUGACGAAAUUAUUUGGACCUUAUUGGACAGCGAAAUUAAAUCCAAAUGUUGAUGGGAGAUAUGACCUCUAUUACAGCUUUUCAGGUCAUUACUCUUAUAGAAAAGUCACCAGAGCCAUUGUAGAGACUCACAGUAUAGAAGAGUUUAAUGAUAAAAUGAACUUUAGUUACCAAGCAACAAGAGAAUCAAGCAAAAUGAUAUUUGAAAUUGUUGAAACUCUUGUCAAGAAUAAUUGGAGAAAAAUAAUACCUGUAUUUAAAGAAUUUCAUAAUCUUUUAAUUCAGUUUAUCCAUACAAAUGCCAUGAGUAUUAUGAUGAAAGUGUUUCAUGUAAACCAUUAAAUAAACAAAAUUGAUAUUUCAUUAAUAUUUAUCAUUCCAUACAUACAGGGUUAAGAUUGUUGAACUCUUUCUCAUCUCACAAUCUGAGACUUUAAAAGCCAAAUCAUCCAUUCUCUUCUCUACCAUUUGUGUAUCUGAAAAAAGAAUAAAAAUUAUUAUUGAGGAUGAUCAAUGUUCAAGGCUAAAUCAUAAUCACUUGCUAUCAGAGCUCUAUGUCUAUCAUUG